AUGAAGCUCAAGCAGUUGGAAAGUCUCCUUGGCGAUCUUCAGCAGUUCUCUCAACCCAAGAUUGAACUCGAACAGUAUCCAACUGGACCCCAUAUUGCUUCUCGAAUGCUCUACACUGCUGAGAAUUCUUUUGGAGAUGUGAGCAACAAAGUAGUGGCUGACUUUGGAUGUGGUUGUGGUACUUUAGGUGUUGCAGCUGCUUUAUUGAGUGCCGAACAUGUUUUUGGCAUUGACAUUGAUCCAGAAUCUCUUGAGAUAGCAUCGUUAAAUGCUGAGGAGCUUGAGCUGUAUUUGGACUUUAUUCAGUCUAGUGUCAUGGAUUUGGAAUGGAGAGGUCAAAUUGUUGAUACAGUUGUGAUGAAUCCUCCUUUUGGAACUAGGAAGAAGGGUGUAGACAUGGAUUUUCUCCAUGUUGCUUUGAAGGUUGCUUCUCAAGCUGUGUAUUCCUUGCAUAAGACUUCAACAAGAGAUCAUGUCAAACGAGUAGCCGUGAGGGAUUUCAAUGCUGCAAGUGCCGAAGUUUUAUGUGAGCUUCGUUAUGAUGUACCAAAACUAUACAAAUUUCACAAGAAGAAGGAGGUGGAUAUCGCUGUGGACCUUUGGCGUUUUGUACCAGCAAGUCACCAAAGCAGUGUUAUAUAAAGAGGCCCUUUGGAUCCAAAUUUGUGGGGGAGAUUGUUACAUGGUUAAUUUAUCCUGCACCAUCAGUAGAUUGUUACAAGUGGCUCUGCCAAAAGCUAGGCUACACGUGUGUUUUUUUUUUAGUCCAAGUCUCCAAGCAAGCAAAACCUGUCUUGUACGUAGCUUUCUUAAAGUUGGCUUGAUUGGGUCGGAUAAACUGAUUGAUGCUAUUUCAUAGUGAUGGAUAUUUUUAUGAACCAUUUGAAUCGAUUGUCAAUCUGAUCACAUUCAGAUGUGGUAUAUAUUGCAUACUGAAACUUUCUUCAAAACGUGAUGAGGAUGAUUCUUAGGGAAAGAAUGAGCUUAGCGUAGGAGAAUCAUUUUGCUGUUUGAGAACUCUGUUCAUUAAGGAAAGGUUCACCUGAAUUGUUGUCCUUAAAA